UUGUCCAAGUUCAGUGCACGAAGACCUGGGACCCGGAUGUUAAUGGAGUUCUUGGCAAUUUUGCUAUUGUUUAGUGUUGUUUCGUAUGUUUCUCAACACAAAUGGACGGUAAUGUUUCACCUUUUCCACUGUAUAUAAUUUUAUCCAUAUACUAUAAUUAAACACUUCUUUUCUUUGGCUGUAAUUUUUUUAUUAAUAAUCAUCCGUACGCUUUAAUGUCUGUAGAAAUUCGUUCGUGGUGGCAAGUCCCAUGCAUUGCCCACUUCUGUUCGCUGUUUCGAUCUGCAUUCGCUUUGACAGAUUUUGAAAUCGAGGUGAGUUUCUACGAAGCUUUAUUAUGUGAGCAGUUGUUAAACUGAUUGUAGUUGUUUAUCCGGUAUUUUAUGGAGCCCAAUUGUACGAAGGUCAUUCGGUUGUACUAUUAUUUUUCGACGGGUCAACAUCGCGUGUCAGACAAUCGCCAGUCGGUAUUUCUACAAAGACAAACUAUUUGUAAAAAUUGGCAAUAGUCCUCGCUUUUGCCACAAUGUAACCUCCAUCCUAGUUACUAUUUUACUUAUUUUUGUACAGGAUUUGGAAGAUGCAUUGAUGAUAUCAGGGGGACAAGAGGAGAGUCGAUUUUUGGCUGACUUGCAUGCUCGUCUAUUACGAGGACUGUUUAGCAAGAAAGCAGAAAUUAAGUACGUUUAUAUUUUCCCCGUUUAUUAACUUAAAUAUGUUUGCGCUUUGAAUGUAGAAUUGGUUUAUUUAGCAUAUUAUCACAAAAUAAUUUGAACGUUUUUGAUGUGGACUAAAAGUCAUUACAGCUCUUUAUAUUUGCCCAUUAUGUAAGGCUAUUAUAGCAAUAUCUUUAUAUUUUUCCGCGUAAAAUUCUCUUGGUUAAUUUGUGUUUCAACACAAUAGACGAAUUCGUUUUUCGUGGGAAUGCAAAUAACAUUGUUUUAAAAGCAAAGGGAAGUUUCCCGAACCAAUAAAUAUACGCGAAAAGCUUGUAAGCAUUGCCAAAUUAAUAUUUAUAUUGGAUACUUAGUGGGUAGUAUUUUUCUAUAAAAGCAAGUGAGAAUUGUAGAUAAUACGAUUAAUUUUAUGUUCAAAUUAAUCGUAUUAUUUACAAGUGUUUCGUUUGGUUUUACAGAAGAAUACUGCCUACUAUAUAAAAACAUAUUCAAUAGUUACAUUCAAUUAUAUAUAUUUUUUACUUCAGCGCGGACAAUUUUGAGCCUUAUCUAUCAGAAGUAUUGAAAGUUCGAUGGGCUGAUGACUCGAGAUUAAAACGGAAAAACCUCCUUGAAACAACAAGCUACAAGUAGGAUUAACAAAUUGUUUGUUUAUAGUACACUAAGUACAGUGCAAUGUUACCUUGUUGUUAUUCCAAACGUCGUUGCUACAGUAUAUCUAUAUUUCAAAUAGAAUAUUUAUGUUUAUUACACAUUCACACUUUAUGAUUGGUCAACAAUCUGUGGAUAAUUCUCAACAUAUAUGGUUAUUGUCCCAUUAUUUCAGCAUGCAAUAAUUUUUUUUUUAAUAGAAAUUCAGUCGAAAAAAUAGAUAAUAGCAUGCUGUAGGGGCCAAGCCUCCAGUGUGAUCGGCAGCUUGUUAAAAACUCACAGAAUUUUAGAAGCAAAAACAAUCAUAAUUUGUGCCAGCACCCUCCCCUUGAUGAGUAAAUCGUAUAAUAAUAUAUAUUGUUAUAUAGUUAGGGUCAAAGUUCAAUUUUUCUGUUUGCCGAUUGCUCAAAACCGCGUCACGUGCCGGUUCACAAAACGUCAUGUUCGGCAACCGGUCCGCAAUCAAACAUUUAUUGACUGGUCAAUAAUAAAAUGGGUGCAAUACGCAUGUGUGUCAACCAUGAAGUUCCAAAGUUCAUUUUUAAAACUUUUUACUAAACAUUUACGGCGUUCUAUUUAUCCAGUUCUGGUUUCAAAUUAAUUAAGUUCACUCCAAUAACCGGUGAAUUAUUCAUACUUUGAUAGUUUGACACUCAUAUACUAUAUAACAAAACACUUAUUUACUGAGACCUCGGGAAAGCAGUGUGUUUUGUGGCCCUUCGACCGCCAUUGUUGCCCUCGGCUUCGCCUCGGGCAACAACAGCAGUCUCGGGUCCACAAAACACACUGUUUCCCUCGGUCUCAGUAAAUAAGUGAUAAAUCUCUGCCAUGGGCUUAAAUGAUCAAAGUCUCAAAAUGGAGUUAUUCCACUUCCUCAAAAAAUAUAAAAUGAUGUUCAUGUCUAUCAUUUGACUUCUGCGAGAGUGUGAUUGCAUUUAAAAGUAGAACAGACAGAAAUAAAGCCAAUUAAAGGCUGUUUUUCAACCCGGGUUGAAAUGUUUCGUCAAUUACAGCACACGAUGAUUUUCAGCCUGGGUAGCUUCAACCGGGCUGAAAUUUCUGUCAUGUAAUCGCUUGCUGUGUUUUAUGGUGGCUCGAAAAAUCACAAAAACCCUGCUCAAGAAUCGCAAACAAAACCCCGGGUGACCAUUUUUACGCACGGGUAGCAGAAACUGAUUAACAAAAUGAAAGAACUUCCAAAAUGACCUGAUGUGAGCAGUUGCUCGCGCCAUAUCACGUCAUUGCAUGUGUCCAUCUCAUGUCAUUAAAAUUUUCCAUUUUAGAAAAACAAUGCACUAUAUAUCUCUCUAUUUCGUCUGGUGACCUAUGUUCAAAUUUUGCAUGCUGUAUUGCACCGCUAAAAACUUUCAUUAUACAAAAAAUAAAAAAUUCUGUGAUGCCAAAAACAUUUUACUGAAGAGUGUGACAUUUUUUGCAUUUUCCAAAAAAAUGGCAUUACAGAAUUGUUUUAUGUUUUGCUAAUUGUUAGCUUUUUUUCCAAGUAAAAUAAUGCAGGAAAAAAAAUUGGGGGUCACCAUGCUUCUUUUCCAACUAUACAAGGCGAUAGACCAUUUUAGAGUCAAUUUCGUACACAUAUGUCGUCAUAGCAAUGAACUAUUUGUUACUAAAACUAAUAUAAUUUGAAAGUAGAGAUAACAAAAUAUAUAAAACUGGCAAAAACCCCCAAUAUCUGCUGAAUAAAUCCUAAAAAUGUGUAGUUUGAACAUGUCAAAGUGUUGAACACCUGAAUGUUUGAAAAGUGUAUCGAGCCACCUUAAAUUAAUUGGAUUUUAUCUUUAGGCCAGGCUGAAACUCAGCCUGGGCUGGAAAGUCUUCGUAUAAUCAGACCUUAAGUAUAGUAUAUGAUGAGUAUAAGUAUGUAUAUGUUUUAGUGACUCAUUCAAUUCAGAGAGAGUGGCAGGGUGUGCCUAUAAAUGGUGAUUUUUAUUAAAAAAUGUUGGAAAUUUGUAAAUAUCUGGUUAUAGCCCUGAUGCACCCUGCUUCAUUAUUUUACUAACACCAGACAAUACCUAAUACCGAUACCUGCCUAAUACCAGACGAUAGGGAGAGUGUUUCCACCACUGUCAAAUAUUGAUUUUGCCAGCUUAAGGAGGCUCCCUGCAGUUUACAAUAUAUGUCAGUGUUUUAAACUAAAAGCUAUUUGAAUAUAAAAAACUAACUUUUUGCACAAGCCAUCAUUUCCUCUUAUAUAAAAGAGUAACCCACAAUCACUACUCUUGACAUUACCAUGACAACAUGACGUCACCAUCUAUAUGGCCUAUAUCAACCAAAAAAGCUGUCUUAGUGGACAAAUACUUACGGUGACCUACCUUUUUUAUUGCAGAAAAUACAUUGUUAUGAAGUUUUGAAUCUUUUUUGAAAGUUAUUUGAAAAUCGCCAGUGUAUUUUUUCGAGAAACUGAAUUUCAGCCUUUAACAUUGCACUUUAGCCUUUGGAAAGGCUGAAAUUCAGUUUCUCGAAAAUUACACUGGCGAUUUUCAAAAAACUUUCAAAAAAGAUUCAAAUUUCAUAACAAUGUAUCUUAUGUAAUAAAAAGGUAGGUCACCACGGUUAUUUGUCCGCUAAGUCGGCUUUUUUGGUUGAUAUAGGCCAUGGUAACAUGAAGAGUAGCGAUUGUGGUUUAAAACUACUUUUUUAUUUAAGAGGAAACAAUGGCUUGUGCAAAAAAUUAGUUUUUUUAGAUUCAAAAAGCUUUCAGUUUAAAACACUGAUAUAUAUUUUUUUGGGUACUGUAGGGAGCCUCCUUAAGAGACUCUCAAAGGCAAACAAUUGGUUAUUGCAAUCAGUCAGAUAUCAAUGGAUUGACAUGACAUGAUAGUUAUGACAUGAUUUGAAGUGACAAUGUGCCACUUUAUUAUUUUACUCUUUCUAAAGCCAGAUGAUUUUACUCGUCAAGGGGAGAGUGCUGCCACUCAAUGGGUUAAAAUUCUAUUGCACUCUCAGUGAAAUGGGAUUUUUUAUUCAAUAUCAUGCAUGAUCAUACAGUAAUUAGCAGAAUUUAAUAAGGUGUUAUAUAAUCUGAAAUGUGUAUAUUGAUCUAACUGUGUUAAAACUAAAUUUUAAACCACCCAUACUUGCUGGAAUUAAUAAUUGUGAAUUCAUUAUAGGGACUUAUCAAUUUUGGACAAAGUAGAGAUACUACAUAGUUUGUGUGACUGGAGACUUGAUUGUGAUGAUGUUCCUGACCAUCUAAAGGUUCUCCUUUACAUUUGUUCAUUUUCAUUUAAAGGUGGCAUGAAAUGAAUCAUUUUAUUGUCUCAUUUGAAAGAGUUGCACAGUAACUUUUGUUACAGUUUUUAGUAAGAUAAUUUGAUUUUUUUAUCAGCACUGCCAACAUUCCAACAAAUUAAUGUCAUACAGACAUAAUGGCUGCAUGUUCCAGUUUUGACAAAAAUACUAACAAAAAAAGUACCGUACUGAUAAUAUUCAACCUAAGUUUCGCCAAAAAUUCAAUUCAUGAAAAGAAACCUGAUCUACAAUAGAAAACUCAUGGCACUUGACAGUAGCGUAAAGUGAGUUCCUGUUUAAAUCUAUACACAGUUGCAUUUGUAUUCUAGCAGAAUUUGAAAUCUGCAGCAUAUCAAUAUCAACAAGAUAUUUGAUGUGUUGGUGUAAUGUACUAUACACCGUAAUGUACUAUACACUGUAAUGUACACCAACACAUCAAAUAUCAUGAUUAUCAGAUUACACUGAUAUCGAAGGAACUAGACUCCGAAAUAUCGCAUACUCGAACCGACCUGACCGCAUAGCUCAGUUGGCAGAUGUUGUGCAUUGGGCUAGUAUUCCAAAGGUCGUAGUUGUUGUUGAGCAUUGGGCUAGUAUUCCAAAGGUCGUAGGUUCGAAUCCUACCGUGGUCAGGCAUAUUUUUCAAGCCUGCCCGGUGUGGAUAUGCACUCAGAGUAACAUCACACAAGCAUCUACAAGAUACUAAAAUUUGGUUUUGGAUACCAAACUGUUAAUGUGAAAUACAACAUUUCAAACAGUAGAAUUUAAAUGUUGAUUGUUCCAGUGCUUCUGAAUGCUAUGAGUCUGCUACCUUGACAAUAAACAGCAGGCUAAUUCAUGAAUGAUUGGUCAUGAUUGGUCACUGACUUUGUCACUGUGUUGUAUUAUCUCACUUGGUCAUGCUGUAAGUUUCAAAUCCCGACUCAUAUUUAAAUACAUACGCAAUUCACAUUACAUAUCAAGACUGAAUUAUCUUACCAAUAAGCACAAAAUUAAAAGGAGAAUAUGUGAAUGAACUUAUUUUACAGUUAUGAUUAUUCUUUAAAAUGGGACUAAAAAAUUUGUAUUCAUGUAUCAUGUCACUCUUUGAGAUCUUAAUAUUAGAAAAACAGGCUGCAAUUUUCUGAUUGAUUUUUGCUAUUUGGGAAUCACAUCAGAGAAUAUGCUAAAAUAAAUCUUUUUUGAAUUCAAACACUGCUAUAACGCAUGCAUGUUGAUAAAAUAGGGAGCCAGGGUGUUAGCUAGCCCAUAUACUGUCUGUUUCACAGACUCUACCCAACUGAAGUAGCCAAGGGGUUUUCCCAACUGGGUUUACUGGAAGAUUUUCAUUUUUUUCUGAUGAGAAAGUUCAUUGCGUUUGAUUUUAUAUUAUUAUAUCAAAGAACGUUUUAUUUACUUUUUCCCAUUAACUAUUUUCUCAAAAUGUAUCGUGUUUAAUUCAUAUUGGGUGACUGUGUAUUCACUGAAAUGAAAUGUACAAAACAAAGUGUAAUCGGUGUACUUCCGUGUUCAUUCACCGGAAAUUAAAUAUACAAAACAAAGUGCCAUCGGGUGCAUUUUUCAGUGUUCAUUUACCGGAAAUGAAAUGUACAAAACCAAGCCACCGUUGUUUGCAUCGAAAGAGAAACACGUUGGGAAAAAAAACACUAUUUAUUCCUGCACAAGAACAUUGAUCGGUCAAAAAAAACUUUCCCAAUUUACGUUUAACGGACAAAACUUUUUUUCUGGCUAUUAUAGUGAGUUUUUGUCGUAUUAAAAGGAUGCAUAGGAAAAAGAAUAUGGCUAAAACUUUUUCGAAAUAUUCAAAAGAAACGACAGCCAUUUUGUCAGUUUUUCCACUUUGCAAAGCUGUAAUUUCCUUAAGAUUUUGAUGAAGAAGAUUCCUGCACCAUGUUGAUUUAUUUUUCACUUCAAUAUUUUCACAUUCAACACUAGAGUAUGGAGGCAGACAGUCUUCGCGUUGAGCCGCUGGGUCGGGACGCAGAAAACAACACCUACUGGUAUUUUUAUGGCACGAGAUUGUAUAAAGAAUAUGUAGAGAAGCCAAACAAGGAAAUGAAAGGCAAGGGAAGAAAAAAGUUGGUGAAAAAGAAGAAAAAGAAAUUUAAAAAGAAGAAAAAAGUGAAAAAGCAUUCCAGUUCAGAAUCUGAAUCCCCGACGUCUAGGUAUGUCUUUCGUUUUCUAUAGUAGUAUAUUGACAUUCCUCAUAGAAUGCGGGC